AUGCGAACAAUCUUUACAAAAGCGCAGAUCGAACGGCUGGAGCAAGAAUUCACACAGAACAAAUAUAUUGUCGGUGCAGCGAGAUUACAGCUUGCUGCCGAGCUUUCUUUGUCCGAAACACAGGUGAAAGUUUGGUUCCAGAAUCGACGAAUAAAGUUCCGAAAAAGCACAGCUCAAGACAAUUCAGCAGAAGAAAGAUCCGAUACGGAUUCUGAUUCCCUAUGA